CCCCAUCUUCACCAUCACCCCCAUCUUCACCACCACCCCCAUCUUCACCACCACCACCACCACCACCACCACAGCCACUGUGAGCAUCCGCGCUGACGUCUGCUGAUCUGAAGUGAGAACACUUCUUCAACUCAACAGUUUGACUUUAGCAGCUCAGAGAUUUCGAACACUUCCUCUUCUGUGUGACUGUCCGUGUCUCCCAGGCGGAAAUGGAACGAGGAGCGAUCCUGUUGGUCGCUGCAGUGGUGGUUUUUGUGGCACCGGUUGUCAGAGGAACGUCUCAUUUGUCCUUUGCCAAUGAUACACAGCAGGUGAACGUCACCCGGGCGGGUUGUGGCGUCACGGCGCUGUGCGUGGACCAACCGGGCGCCUGCGACCCGGCAGGAAACGGGACCUGUCUGUUUGCGUCAGUGGUCGCCGGCCCCCCGGCGGCCCCCAACGGCACCGACCUGUACUUCAAACUCAGAGGAACCUCGAAGGGUUACGUUGCCCUGGGACUCGCCGUGAACGCAACCGAGGGAACCAGUGAGCUUUUCCUCUGCGGUCAGAACUCCUCCCAUGGGACGUUCUUCUUCCGGACAAUGCAGAGGAACAACACAAACGCUGCGCUCACUCCAGCGGAGAGGAGAGUGACCCAAAUCCGAGGUUUGGUGAGAGGCGAUGUGAUCGAGUGCGAGUUCAACGUGCCCGGUGUGAACGCCACCGACACCAGGAGCAGCCACGCCACCACCACCUUCUCCAUCCUGCUGGGGACCGGCCCCUUGAAUGGGAGUACCCUCGGCCCGUUCAACGUCUCACUGAUCAGCGGCCCUCUGAACGUCGCCGACCCGUCCAGCAACGUCCCGACCACACCAUCCCCGGCCACGAACGCCACCGCCACCGCCACCGCCACACCAUCAGGAGCCAGUAGUGUUCUCCUCUCCCACGCUUUGCUUCUCCUGCCGAGCGUCCUCGCGCUGUCCGUCACGCAGAGCGCCUGAGGGAGUCCAGGGGGAGGUUGUGGCCUGGAGCUGGUUUCGCGGACAGAAUAAAUGUUAUUGUUACUGAAUUAUAUUUUCACACUUUUAGUUAUAACAUUCUUUAUUGUGCUUUACUCAUCCCUAGUGGCCAUUUCCUCUCACUGCGUUCUAGCUACGCACACCGUUUUUCUAUUCCUCUUCUAAGAUCAGUCAUAUUUCAGUGAUUUUAUAUUAAUUUUCAACCAUGACAUUUGGCCUAAAAUUUGCCUGUAGGGAGCAAACGAAGCUGCAAUUCUUUUCUCUUUGACAAAAUGACUCGUCUAUCCAGAUCUCCAGAUUUUGUUUCCACCCACUCGGUUCGUAGAAGAGAUGACAAGUCAACUCACUGCAGCCAAUCAGCACGUCUGCUUUAAAUGAUCCGUCUCAGCAAAAAGGAUUUCAUUUUGUUUUUUCUUCUCUUUUCUUCAUAUUUCUUAACUUCUUUCUUUAUGUCGCAGCGGUCGAUACUCAGCUAUUACUUUUCUCUACGAAAGAGUAUCAGGUCGUCAUAACAAAAAAAAAUUUUUUUAGAACAACUUUUUUCUCGACAUUUCGACUUUUUUCUUGAAAUGUAAAAAAAAAUUUAAAAAUUCUCUCCUCAUUUUUUCCUUAUGAUUGGCCCUAAUACUCUUCCGUAUUUCUCAGCUUUAUCGUAUUUCAGUGAUUUUAUAUUUAAUUAUUUUUUGUCAUUGCACUGCUGCUCUUUGCAUUUCCUUUUGAAAAGUGUUUGGUCCAUUUAUGCGUCCAAACUUUAGGGGCCAGUAAAUGUUUCUGUUUAUGAUAAUGGAAGAGGCUAAAACUUCCACGCUAUAUAUUUUAUUACAGGUGAAUGUUCUCUUUACUGUUAUGACCAUAAAUGCUGUAGAACUGUUCAUUUUUUAAAACACUGAUUUCUUUAUUCACCAAGCAAACUACUUUAAAAGAUUCAAUGAGGGGUGUUAAGUGUAUUCUGAUUCAAUAAACAGACUAUGAACUGCAUGAUGUGCAAUAAAAUGAUUUUGAACCCUA